CAGUGGACCAUCAGAAAAAGUGAUGGCUCCAUGACACCCAUCGCAUCGGGCUAUGAGCCACCCAAGACAGAUGACCUUGGUCAGCCCGUUUCACCAGGAGCGCUGGUGACUAUCCCGUGCUACAUUGAUGCCCUUGGUGUCUGUAAUCCGGUGCCGGGCUAUAGUACCAUCGUCUUAUCGGCGCAGCCACUGCUCCUGCGGGACACUGAAAGGAUCAGCCAGCGACUAUUGGUGAUUCUUAUGGACUACUCAUCUUGUGGCUUUCCGCCUCUGAAUGAAAACUACGUACGUUCACUAUUCCUUGGGCCCAAAGGUGACGGCAGCGGUGGCAUUGCUAAACAAUUCACGCAGUGCUCUUACGGGAAAUUUGACCUGAAUGCUACGGCGUUGAAAGUACUUAUUGUAGAGAGCGCCUGCCCACUGCUGCCACCCUCGGAGUGCUCCUUUUAUAACACUACUGUGGCUGGCGAUGAUGGAGCACGGAAGCUGCUAGGGAAUGCAGUAUUCGCAAGCUUCACCCACAAGACAUACAUCUUACCGCCGGGCCGGUCUUGUGGCCCAGCGGCAGGCAUGGCAUACCUGCCUGGCACCCAGACAAUGCUGAUGAGUUCAUCCUAUGGUGUGGAGCGAGUGGCGACGUUCAUGCAGGAGGCAAUGCAUAACUACGGUCUCUUUCACUCGUGGCAAAAUGGCUUGGAGUACGAGGACUACUCUACUCCCAUGGGGCGUGGAGAUGCAUGCUUCACUGCUCCCGAGCUGGCGUACCUGGGCUGGGCCACACCCGCACCAGGCGGUGAUCGUAUUGACUCCAACCGACUGCGUGUAGGAACCAACCUCACCUUCGAACUGCCCGCCACCUACCUAUCCCCGGACGGAAACUACCUCCGAGUCGUCCCCGACUGGUUGCCAUCAUACAGUAUCAAAACCCUGGCCAAGAACCUGUACAUCGCUGUACGAGUUAACAAGGCGGGGGAUGUUUACCUGGGAUCUUUCUAUGCAAACAAAGUGAAUGUUCAUGAACUCAACGCGUCUCUGGACAACAAUCCCUCGACCAAUAUCUAUAGCCCCCGUAAGAUGGCGUUUGUCAGCGCCAUUCCACCCCGUAGCCAGGUGGAUUUGACCACCUACAAACUUGUCGUAUAUGGCGGGGUUUGGGUCGGCGGCACGGACAUUCUCAGGGUCCAUCUGUGCCGAUACAAUUCCACCCCUGAAGAGUGUCCAUCAAUGGAUGUCCUCGAGUCGCCACUCCCGCCAUUCCCGCCACCACCCUCAAUGCCGUCACCACCCACCCCGAAGCCGCCAAGGCCAUCUCCACUUACCCCGAAGCCGCCAAGGCCGUCACCACUAACCCCGAAGCCGCCAAGGCCAUCUCCACAACCGCCAGCCAGCCCCCGGCAGCCGCCUAGCCCUCGGCCGCAGGCCAGGUCCCCACCACCAACACGCAAGGUAGGACAAGGGCGGCUUCAGAUGCAUGCUUCGAUGCUACACCACUUGUGUUUGUCUGUUCCAAGCAUGGCGGCAGGACACAUGACAGGAUGGGCCUGA